CCAUAGCAACCUCCCUGCCAGAACCUCAAAAGGCUUAGCAGCUCUGAUGUGAGAACGAAGCUGUCAGUGAUUAACUCUGUUAAAGAAUUUCACUUAUUUUAUGCAUACAUACUAAUCUUUUCUGUGUUUUUUUUAAUCAAACAUUAAAAAUGAGUCUGGGAGUCACUCAUACACUUAAUCGGCGAAAUGAGGGUACUUUUAGAGGGUAUAAACAACAACGGGCGCACGACUAUCUGUAUGAUCCAGUUUGCACCUUCGGUAGUGAAACUGAUCAUACCCGGGCACGAUUCCAAGCCUUAGCGUCUCUAGGGCGGGUGAAAAAAGUUCCGGAAUUUAAGACCAUGUUCAGCGAGCUCCCUCACCACCCGCGGUAUAGCCUGCGUCUGGACGCCGCGGAUCCCGUGCCCGCGUUCAUCGACCGGCGCUGGCGAGGACUCGCGGAGCAGCGGAAGGAGGCGAUGCGGCGCGCGGGAUUCAACCCAGCAGCCCAUGGCAAUGCGGAGGACUGCGAUAUUUCAGGUGCCGAUCGAUGGAAGUUUUUCAAGCGGCCGCUGCUUCCCUUCACCCAGCUCGUGCCCCCAGAUGUAGUCUUUGCCGUGCCAAAGAGCCCGCGGUUCAGCAUGGAGGGGGCCCAGGAGCACGUCUCGCUCGCGGCCCACCGCACGGUGCACACGCAGACCGACUACCGGGACAGCGAGGCGCAGACGGACCCCUACACCCCCAAAUACGCAGUGCGCCCCGGAUCCAGCCCCGAGCUGCUCACCCUGGUCACGCUCACCUGGAAUCGCGGGCUGCCCGCUGGCCUGGCGGAGGUGCAGAUGAUCGAGCGCAUGAGGCAGAAGAGGGCUUGGGAGGCAUCGCUGCCCCCGCUGAACGACGUGGCCCAGCUGCAGAAGAGGAAGAGGAUGAUGGAGGCCAUGGAGAGGAAGGAGUGGGCCUUCAGAGAGAGCGAGAUUCAGAAGCUGCAGGAGAGGCGGCUGGAGCUGCUGACUCAGCUGCUGAGCCAGAGGGAGGAGCGGCAGCAGCAGCUGCUUGUCAAACACCUGGACGCUCGCUUCGCCCAGCGCCAGCGCGACAAGGACGCCAAGAUCAGGAAGAUCCGCAAGGACUACGUCCUCUCGAUCAGGAGGCUGAUGGAGAAGAGGAGGAACGUGGAGGGGAAGCUGCGCAGGAGGGGCGUCGUGGAGGAGUACUGCAGCCGCGGGACGCGUGCCUCCACCCCCGUCUCCCGAAUCGCACGCUUCCCUGACGGGGACUCCGGGCCAAUCAGCGUCAAGGACUGGCUCCAGGACACUUACGAAGGCCUGCUGGUGCUGGAGUCCACGCUGCCGCUGUCCGUCACAGAGCCCUGUAUCCGCGCGCCCAAACCCAGGACCGGGAGCGGGUUCGUCCGGCGGGCGGACCGGCGGGAGAUGGAGCUGGUCAGGACACACGAGGAGCUGAAGGAGAGGAAGGUGAAGGUGGAGGAGAAGAAGCCGCUGCGCUUCCUGUACAAGAUUGAGAAACCCGCCCCUCGCCCCCCCACCCCGGCCGUCACACCCCCGCCCGCGGGGGUUGAGGAGAGGGACCUGGCGGUCGUCUGUCUGCAGAAGCUGUUCAGAGGAGCUUCCAGCCAGCAGGCGGUGUAUGAGGGGAAGGAGAGGCGUUUGGAGCUGAUCCAGGAGCUGCGCAGUACUCACGCUCUCCAGCAGGGGGAGCAGGAGCUGCAGAAGGCUGAGAAACAGGCCACACUGGCCCUGCAGAGACAGAGAGAGCUGCAGCAUCACAAGGCGCUGGAGGCGGAGGCGCUGCAGGCGGGUUUGGCGGGCGGCGUGGUGGCGGACAUGCUGGACUUCCUGUGGAAGGAGCUGGAGCGGCUGCAGGAGGAGCGGCGGAUCCACGCCUUCACGCUGCUCGCAGAGCGCCAGCGCCGCCUGCGGGAGGCGGAGGAGAGCGGGCGGAGACAGGCGGAGGAGAGGCGCCGCCGCGAGGAGGACGAGAUCUUCAGACAGGUGGUGCAGGUGCACCAGGCCACAGUGGACCUGUACCUGGAGGACGUCAUUCUGGGCGCCAUUGAGAAGACGGCCGACGAACAGGCCAGAGAGGAGAUCCACAGGAUGGCCGAGGAGAUCAACGACAUCGCCUAUGCCAUGGAGGAGAGUCUGACCAGCGUGCGCUCGGAGGAGCUUGUGGCGGAGCUGGUGUACAGCUUCCUCAUCCCCGAGGUGCAGAAGAUCACCGUCAGGAACAGGGGUGGGUGUGUCCCCAAAAACCACACAGACCCUAUAAAAACUAUACAGACCCCACAAAUACCAACACAAACCACACAGACCCUAUAAAAACUAUACAGACCCCACAAAUACCAACACAAACCACACAGACCCUAUAACAACUAUACAGACCCCACAAAUACCAACACAAACCACACAGACCCUAUAAAAACUAUACAGACCCCACAAAUACCAACACAAACCACACAGACCCUAUAAAUACUAUACAUACUCCACAUAAACCACACAGACCCACAUGAAAGAAUGUAACACGCUCACAGUGCCUCACUAGUGUGGUACAGUAAUUCAGUUAAGAUAUAAAGGUAAGGAGUCACUCUUACUGAAUAGAUAGAUGUCCUGGAGGGAGAGGAGGUUUGGGCAGAAUGCACAGAUUUGGCUGAAGGUCUGAGCAAAGGUAGCGCUUCACUAAUCAAUGAUCUCAUUUUUCAAAGUGCUAAUAAUAUCACACUAAUGUGCACAACAGUCUGUGAAACAAACUGUCAAUUAAUGAAAAUUUAACUGCCAUCCCAGGGCAUGGUAAACAUAAUAUUGUUACUGUUAUAGUAACAUUAAAUAAUAAAAUUAACUUUUUUCUUUUUUCUUUACCUAACCAAAAAAAUGGCUGUCUGAUUGGACCCUGUCCUGGGACAGUGAAGACCAGCCAGCAGCAGCACGUCCGGGCAGCUCGCCAUAUUAUCCAUGGGGCUGUGGAGGCAGCCACGGCGCCCCCUACUGGAACCUCAGAGUACUGUACACCUCCAGAGUGCUCCCCAACCCCCCCAGAGCGCCUCCCA